UAAACAGUCCCCACUUAGAAUUCAGAAACAUAAAGAAUCAUUUUGUCGAAGAAACCUCCGCCUCCAACAUCUCAAGUUCUGUUCCCGCAAAUUACAUCGCAUUUAUACAUUCGUUUCUAGUCCAUUGCUGAUUCUUCGGGCCGAUUAGUAUUCUUGAAUUAGUCUGUAUUUUUUUUAUAUAUAAAAAAUUGCUGAUAUUUAUCACCAACUCUACGCACCAAUGGAAUCUUUGCUUAUCAGUUUUUCCCCCAAAUUUCGCUUCUUCGCUUCUCUAUUGCCUGGUAACAUGAAUUUUGAUUUCGGGCUUGUCCUGAAUUUAUCAGUUUCCAAAUCUUGACAUAUUUUCAGCCUUUUUUUUUUUCUGCAUNUAUAAAAAAAAAAAAAGUUAGAGGAAGUCAAUUGUUACAAGGGUCUGGUUCUUGAGGUGUUAGAAAGCCUUGAAACGAUGGGUGGGAGUAUAAAAAUACAGUCUUUGGAGUUCAAAUCCAAUUAUUAUGGUGUCCCAUCAAGUUCUCAACUGGGGCUCCAGUGGAAUCUCCAUGACUGCUGCUCCUACCCAGGAGGCGGCUUGUUCGCGUCCGUGAGCCAAAUGGGGAACGAUGAAAAUGGCGGCUUUAAAAUACCGUGCGCCGACUUGCUCGUGAAAUGCGUUUCGCAGCCCGAGGGCUUCAAGAGUCUAGGUACGACGUCCGAGGAGGAGAAGGGGCUAGCGGGUGAGAAGAAGAAAAACGGGCUCAGGAUUAAGAUUAAGAUUUCAAAUCCUUCAUUGAGGAGGUUGAUAAGCGGGGGCAUAGCUGGGGCCGUCUCGAGAACAGCUGUAGCCCCACUGGAGACAAUUAGGACUCAUUUAAUGGUGGGAAGCAGCGGACACUCGACAAUGGAGGUUUUUCGUGAUAUCAUGAGUACGGAAGGUUGGCCUGGGUUGUUCAGGGGAAAUUUCGUGAAUGUGAUUCGUGUUGCGCCUAGCAAAGCCAUUGAGUUAUUUGUUUACGACACGGUGAACAAGAACUUGUCACCAAAAACCGACGAAACCCCCAAAUUACCCUUCCCUCCCUCAUUGAUUGCCGGAGCCUGCGCUGGAGUGAGCUCAACUCUCGUCACAUACCCUCUCGAGUUAGUCAAGACUAGAUUGACCAUACAGAGAAACGUCUACAACGGCUUGUUCGAUGCCUUUGUGAAAAUUCUGCAAGAAGGUGGGCCCCGGGAGCUCUACAGAGGCCUCGCCCCAAGUCUCAUAGGCGUAAUUCCUUAUGCAGCCACAAACUACUGUGCAUACGACACACUGCGCAAAGUGUACCGAAAAGUGUUCAAACAGAAAAAAAUCGGCAACAUAGAGACCCUUCUGAUUGGGUCGGCUGCUGGGGCCAUCUCGAGCUCGGCCACUUUUCCGCUAGAGGUGGCCCGCAAGCACAUGCAGGUGGGGGCCGUUAGUGGGCGCCAGGUGUACAACAAUGUGGUUCAUGCGCUUGUGAGUAUACUCGAGAAAGAAGGGCUGGGUGGGUUGUACAAGGGGCUUGGACCGAGUUGCCUGAAGUUGGUGCCGGCGGCGGGGAUCUCGUUCAUGUGUUACGAGGCCAUGAAGAGGGUUUUGGUAGACAGAGAUGAUGAUGAUGAUGAAUAAAUUGGGAGAUAG